AUGGCCAUCAUAUCACAGCAACCGCAAGCUGUAAGGCUAAUGUUGUGUUUCAAACGCUCUCUGAAUGAGAAUCUACCAACUCAGGAACAAUUAUGUAGUGAACCAGGCUCGAUGUGUGGGUAUGUAGAAAAGGCUCUAUCGAUGUCGAAAUGGGAGCGACGUCUGGCAGUGAUCACCAAGGACGGCAAGCUCAUCAUUUACAAGUACUACUUACUCGACAUAUGCCCUGGUAGUCAAAUCGGUCAUGGAGUUGAAACUGCAGUCAUUGCAGCAUCCAGGGACAAUCAGUGGGUCACCAUUCGCAUCCUCAUAAGAACUACGAGCAAGAGUGUGAAAGGUGGCAUGCCGAUGAUCGCAUGA